AUGUUGGAAAGUUCAGAAACUAUUGAAGACGAUCGAAUAGUAGCAAAAUGUUAUGUUGAAUUGGGUGAUGUUACCAAAGAGAAAGGCGAAUAUGAUGAAAGUCUUCGGUAUCAUCGAAAGUCACUGGCAAUAUUUGAACAAAUUGCUGAUGCACUUAGUGUAGCUGACAGUCAUUUGAAUAUUGCAGCAGUCUACAAAGCCAAAGGUGAACUAAAACAAGCAAUGAGUGAGUAUGAAAAAGGAUUGACAUUAUAUGAAGAUGUUAUUGUGGAUGAUGCAAAUAAAAACAGUGAUAGUGGUACAGAUGUUUCUCUCAAUUCGUCUUCCUUCUCCGAUCGACAACAUACUAGAAGUCUUAGCAAGUCGGAUGAAACUUUACCACAAACAAUAUUAGUAAAUGUUAUAGAAAAAGAUAUUCAAUUAUCUUCUCCUGUACAUUCAUUAAAUGGUACAAUAAAUACGUCGAUAACUGCAUUGGAUUUACUCGUUCCAUCGACGAAAAAACCAAACGAAUUGAAAAAUAUUUCACAAUCAAUGACAAAUAUCAAUGAUUCUUCUCUAAAUCCAUCUGAAAAAAUUACCAAUGAACUCCCAGAGUCUCUUUCAUCUUCACACAUAUCUGACAUUCAAUGUAUCAAUGAUGAUGAUAUAUUACCUUCAGAUCUUGCCUAUGAAAAAAUGACAGUCGAAAUAACAUCUGAAGAGAAUUAUAUUUUUGAAACAUGUUUGCCAUGUCCGGAGCCAAACGAGUUGGUUAACCAAGAUUUAUUAGUAUUAGAGACGAAUCCCUUAUUGGAAGAAACCAAUAAUUGUAAUCAAUUGACUAAUAUUCAUGAAGACACAAUAUCGAACAAUCAUAAACAGGCUGACAGUACGCAACGAUUGUCGCAUUGUCUUCUAAAUAAACAGUUUCUAAUCAUUAUUCUUAGUAUUCUUCUUACCGGUGCUGCUUUCUGGUUAUUACAUAAUACUUCAAUGAAAUUUCUGCUAUCAUGUUCAUCGAAUAAGUUUCCUAUACAUAGAAAUUCUCGCAUUUAUAAUAAUGAUGAUUUAAGUGCACAACUUAAAAAAAUUUUACCUUGGCGAAAAAAUCAAAUUAAAUCAUUAAAUGAAGAUGAUCGACGAGCAAUUGAAGAAUUCUUAACUGAUUCUGAAAAUCAAACUAAAAUGACUGUGAAUAAAUUUCAACAAAUAUUGAAUAUGUUGGACUUAAAACUAGUAUUGAUACCACGAUAA